GAAUAAUAUGAAUAUGAUUCAAUCUGCAAUUUACCAAAACUAUUUAAUGACUAUUUCCAUGUAUUUUGACCAGUAUUUACACUUAUUUCUAAUGAAAACUAUUGUUUUUCAUCAAAACUAAUCUUUGUAUCCUACAAAACUAAUUCAAUUGUAUUCAUACACGCAAAUUCUCCACUGAUUUAGUCAGUUUUGAGGUAAACUAUUCAUAAUGUUGUCGCCAAAAAGGAGGCCGUUUCGAACGUACGCCCGAAAAAGGCCUCAAUUCCAAGAGAUCGAGGGAGUGAAGGACGCCUGCCGACUUUGCCUCAAGAAGUCUCCAUCCAUGGUGUCCAUAUUCUCGAGUGAACCCAGCGACGUCUCCUCCCUGGCCACCAGGAUCAUGCUGUGUGUGGGGCUUGAGAUGACCUGUGAAGAGCAGCUGCCCAGCAUGAUCUGCAUGAACUGUCACUCGCAGCUCGAGACUUGCUACAAAUUCAGAAAAAUGUGUGAGACCGCAUACCAGAAACUAAAACUACACUUGCAGGCAGUCAAAAUAAAAGAGUUUCAACUAAAUAACCCAGUGAAAGUAGAAAAGGAUGAGAAAGAAACACUAGUGAAUGAAGUAGAAGAUCAAGUAGAAAUCAAUGUAGAAUCAAUAGAUGCAGAGCCUCUGAGACAAGCCGAUGUGACUGAUAAAAUGGAGUAUAUAGAUGCAGUAUUAGUUAUAAGUAAUGAUGAUGGAAACAUCAUGUAUGAUAAUGAGAAUAGUCAAAUUGGUGAUAUUAGGCAGAGUACAACUGAGAUAAAUGAAGAAAUGUCACAAAUUCAACCAAUAGAAGUGGUGAACCACAAUCAACAAGUCAGUCUAUUAAAAAGCAGUCAUUCACAAGGUUUUGUACAGAACAUUCCACAAGCACCUCCACCAGACGACAGCACUUCAGCGGAGUCACUCUUGUUGCUGCUCCGUGAAGAGCUGGCCUCGGCCGGGGUGCUUGGAGCGGGGGGUGAGCCGGGGGGGGACCCGGGCUGUGUGUUGGAGCUGGUGACGAGGGACGGCUCCGUGGUGGUUCUGCAGUUGGAGGAAGAGGAGGUUGAGGAUGAUAUAAUCAAAUCAAUAAGAAAAUGUAAAGGAAAAAAUUUAAAGAAAGAAGAAGACACUCAAUGCCGCAUCUGCAACAAGCGCUUCUCCCGUCGCGGCGCGCUGCGGCGCCACGAGCGGGCGCACGGCGGCGCGCGGCCCUUCGCGUGCGCGCAGUGCGGACGCACCUUUACGCAGAAGGAGGUCAUGAAGCGCCACGAGCUGAUACAUAGAGAGAAGCGUCCGUUCGCGUGCACGCAAUGCCCCAAGUCGUUCACGCAGCGCGGGGCGCUCACCUCGCACGCGCGCGCGCACGGCGCCGCCAUGACGCUGCACGCGUGCCCGCAUUGCCGGAAGGUGUUUCUGCAUGCGUCGGGUCUAAGCCGACACGUGAAGACCCACUCGGGCUGUGUGUUCCACUGCGGCGAGUGCGGCCGCGGCUUCAAGGACAAGAGCUCGCUCAAGCGACACAUCCGGAACAACACGCACAAGACAACGCUCGCACCGCCGGUGGACACUUGA